GCUGAGACGGACGAGGUUGCAUCCUCUUUGCAUGGCCUGCGAUGCGGGCGGGGCUUUGGCGAUGCGCGCCGCGGCUGAGCGGAAGGGAGGUGGUGGUGGCCGGAGGUGGCCUGGCCGGCGCCAGCUGCGCCUGGCAGCUGGCUGAGCGCGGCGCCAGCGUGACGCUGGUGGAGCCCAGGGCGCUGCUUGGGGCCACCAGCCAGUACUCCACGGAGUGCUACCGAGACUUCUUCAUCGACAGCGCGCUGGUGCCCUUCAUGAGCCGCUCCGUGGAGCUCAUGGAGACCUUGGCCGGCGAUGACAACGUCAUCAACCUUACCAGACGCGGAUACUGCUUCUUCGCCGGGUCUGAUGGGGGCAAGGAGGCCUUGGAAAGGUUCGCCGUGCUGGCGUCGGACUUUGGCGCCGGGGAGCUUCGGAGCCACAAGAGCCUGGAGAAGUACCUCAGGAGCCCCGCCAGUGGCUUCCGCGACCCAGCGCUCGCUGGGAUUGACCUGGUCUAUGGCUCUGACAACAUCCAGCAGAUCUUUCCCUUCGUGACGAAAGAGGCGCAGGUGAUGCUGCAUGCCCGCAAGUGCGGCUGGAUGGACUCGCAGGGCCUAGGCCAGGCCAUGCUGGCCGCGGCUUCGGAGUCCGCUUCCGCGACGCGGACGCUGCGGGGCCGGGUGGCGGCGGUGGAAAAACGCGGGGAGGACGUGGCCGCGGUGCGGGUGCUGCGGAACGACGGCGCGGAAGAGCUCCUGCCCUGCGACGCCUUUGUGAACUGCGGAGGCGCGUGGAUGUCGAAGAUUCAACGUCUGGUGACGGAUGAGGCGCUGCCCCUCGAGAACGAGGUGCAUGCCAAAGUGAUCCUCAAUGAUGUCAAGGGCGUGAUACCCCAGUCAUCCACACCGUUCAUGGUGUGGCGAGAUCAAAUGAUGCUGGACUGGGAUGCGGAGACAAGAGAAGGUUUGGUGGAGCUUGAUGACACUGCGGAAGGAGGGAUUGUGAACUCAAGUUCCUGGGUGGGCCCGCAGCCGGGUGGUCAGCAUCUGCGGCCAGCGGGCAACGGCCGGGUGCUGAUGCUCUGGGAGCAUUUGCAUCGGCACAUGCCCGUGGAGGAGGAUCCCGAGAUGCCGUUGAGUUGUUUCCUGGACAUGUACCCGGAGCUCUGCCUGGCUGGGCUGCAGAAGAUGGUGCCAGGGCUUGGGAGUUACCACGGCGAGCUGGGCCGGGACACCCUGGUGGACGGAGGCUACUACACCAAUACGCCUGAUCAACGUCCUCUCGUGGGCAGUCACGGUGCCCGGAAUGCCUUCGUUUGUGGCGGUAUGGGCACCUACGGGCUGAUGGGUUCGCCCGCAGCAGGAGAGCUGCUGGCCAAGCACGUGAUGCAGGAGGAGCUGCCGAGCUAUGCGGGUGCCUGCAGCUGGCCGCGCUUGGUGCCACCGCCGGAGAUUGUGGUGGACCUGCUGGAUGAUUCCUGACUCUUGCUGAGACUGACCAAAACAUUUGCAUGGCAGUUGCUUCUGUCGAGGCUGGAGUUUGUCAUUGACAGC